AUGGUACCUAAAUGCACCGUCAACAUCAACACCGCUUUGCAAUCCCCGGAACCGGUGUUCUUCCGCAAUAAUGUACUAUGGGCUCCCGCCGGUCCCUCGCUUGUUUGGAACACGGGUGAAACAACUGCAAUCUCGUGCCAAUCCGGUAUUUUAAGCGGAUUUACCGUUUCGUCGACUUCAAUCACGUGCCGCUCGGGGACAAGCUUCGCCGUUGGUGGCACCCCGUUGGAUUCGUCCGCGUUGACUUGCUCGACGCGUGUGACCGGCGAGCUGGAAGUAACGAGCACGGCCUGCGGUGGCGGAGCGGGUCAGCUGCGUAACAUUGGCUUUCGGAAUUCGAGCGGCCAGAUGGUGACGUACAUCCAGUCGUGCUACAACGUCAAUACGGCGUCGGUCAUCUACACCAGGCAUGUGAUUCCGGGGCGAGCCAUCAAGCAUGCAAUUAGCGAAGCUUACCGUCCGGCGUUCAAGGUAACAGGAACGGCGUCCACCGUAAGUCCAGCGACUUCUUACACUACGGCUCAGCAGAGUUCUCGUCUCGCCACUCUGUUGGGUUCCCAGACUCAGGCAGAUAAGUACAUUACGUCCAGCUCCUUCAUGUCACGUGGUCAUCUGUCCCCGGAUGCCGACGGCAUCUUUCGUCCCUGGCAAUGGGCAACUUAUUAUUACGUUAACGUGGCUCCACAAUGGCAGGCGGUCAACGCUGGAAACUGGCUUCGUGUUGAGGAUGCUGUUCGGGCAGUAUCGAACCGACUCCAAGAGGAUGUUCAAAUCUUCACUGGAAACCAAGGAAUAAUGACUCUACCCAACGUAGGUGGCCAACAAACCCCAAUCACCCUGGAGGCAGGUGGAAUCCAAACCCCAAAGUGGUACUGGAAGAUCGUAAAGUCACCCAGCACCAACGCGGGAAUUGCCCUGGUGACCAACAAUGAUCCGUUUAGAACCAGCAUGCCCGCUGCUGAGAUGCUUUGCAGCAAUGUGUGUACCACCUAUGGCUGGGCCAACGCAAACUACGCGAACUUUGCCCAGGGGUACACCUACUGCUGUACGGUGGCCGCUCUGAUGAAGGCGAUUCCGGCCAUCCCGGUGGAAGCGAGUGUUGCGAACGUGCUGGCGUUUUGA